AUGUCGGACAAUGCGCUCCUAGACACGCUGGACCGGAUGCCCAAGACCCAACCCUCGUAUGUACGGCGGUCGACACGCGGCGGUGUCGCGACGAUUGUGAUCGCUGUUGCGAUGCUGAUUAUGAUCUGGACCGAGGCCUCGUCCUACUUUAUCGGAGAGCACGAUGUCGGCUUCAGUGUGGACAGCCACAUCAGCAAGCUGCUCCAGAUUAAUCUUGAUAUUACCGUGGCUACGCCGUGCAACCAACUCUCGGUGGACCUGCGCGACGCGAGUGGCGAUAGUGUGCACUUUGACGAUGCACUGAUCGCCAAGGACAACACCGUAUUCCGAUCGCAGGUCAAGCGCGCGAAGCAAAAACGCAAGCAGAUGAACAGUCUGAAUGCGCUCGACGCGCCCGGCCAAAAAGGCCAGGUCUCGCGCACGAACAAGAAAUACUCGCCGCUCGGCCCCCGCGACAAGCACUCGGGCUUUGAUCCGACGUGGCCGCUGCUGACGGUCGACAAUGCGUGCCGCAUCUACGGCAGCAUCCUCGCCAAGAAGGUCACGGGCAACUUGCACAUUUCUGCACCGUCGCCCUUGUUCAUGUUUGGAGCGGCGCCGCGGAACGUCAACAUGUCGCACGUCGUGACCGAGCUGAGCUUUGGCACUCACUUCCCCUCGAUGGCCGAGCCGCUGGACUCGAGCUCGGAAAUCACCGAAGAUCCCAUGGCCGUGUACCAGUACUUCCUCUCGGUGAUCCCCACCAUUUACCACAAGUCCAAGACGCACAAGGUGCACACGAACCAGUACAGUGUCUCGGACUACAAGCGCAACCCCAACGGUCCUGCCGCGUUCCCGGGCAUCUUUUUCAAGUACGACAUCGAGCCGCUCACCAUGACCAUCCACCGCCGCAGCAUGUCGUUUGUGGCGUUCAUCGUGCGCCUGACCGGCGUGCUGGGCGGCGUAUGGAUCUGCACAAACUAUGCGCUGCGUGUUUUGCACCGCCUCCUCCUCGUCGUCAAAAAGACGCCGAGCGGCCGCCGGAUGCUCGAAACGCUGCACGUCUCCUCUGGCAUGGACACGCCUUAUGCCCAGUCCCCCGCGCAGCCGCAGGGCCAGUGGGGCGCCUCCUCGGGCAUGUACGACAAUGCCUACGGCGCGGCGAGCGCGCCCAACUUUGCCAUGCGCCCCGAUUCGUACGCGACGCAGCGUAUGGCUAGCAGUGGAUAUUAA